AUGGGCUGGGGUAUUGAAGGAGCUAUAGGUUCAUCUUUUAAGAUUGAUGCUUCUUAUCUAAGUCCAAAUGUAAAUAUGGCAUCUAGAUUAGAAGCAGCUACUAAAUAAUUUGGUUCAAUAAUACUAAUUAGUGGUAUAUUUAGAGAAUAUUUAACUGAAUCUUGUUAAAAGUAAUUACGACUUAUUGAUAUCGUUACUGUCAAAGGAAGCAUUGAACCAAUGAGUAAAAAUUUUUCUAUUCCUAGAAAUUUAUACCAUUGAUUUAUCAAUUAAAUCUUUAUUGAAAGGAAUCAAAUAACCUAUUGAUAAAUAUGAUAUUAGUAAAUUAACAUAAAGAGAAGCAAAAAAAUAUAGAGUUGUUUAAAGAUAUUAAAGAAAUCAAUUAAUUAAAAAAGUUGAGAAUAAUUAAAUUCAAAUUGCUGAUCUCUUUUAAACUGAUGAAGAAUUAGUACUUGCACGGGCUCCAUUUAUAUAAGAGUUCUAUGAUUAUUGGGAUCAGGGAUUUUAACAUUAUAUUAAUGGAUAAUGGGAGAAAGCUUUACCUAUCUUUACUAAGACUCUUGUAAUCGAUGUUAUUUAUAUUUCUUUAGUCUAUGAUACCUGAACAUAAAGAUGGACCUUCCAAUACUCUACUAGAAGUUCUGCAUUCUAAUGGAAAUAAAGCACCUAAUUAUUGGAAAGGUUAUAGAGAAUUAACAGAGAAAUGA